CUAAACCAAACCAUGAACCCUAAUCAUCACAAACCAAUCCUACUUGCAUUCUUCACUCUUCUUCUCCUCCAACUUCAAAACCCUAUCAAUGCAUCACCAUCCCCACCAAUAACGGCUCUUUACGCCUUCGGCGACUCCACGGUGGAUUCCGGCAACAACAACUACAUCCCAACUCUUUUCCGUAGCAACCAUCCUCCCUACGGAAAAUCCUUUCCGGCCAAACUCUCCACCGGACGAUUCUCCGACGGAAAACUCGCCACCGACUUUUUAGCCUCCUCUCUAGGACUCAAAUCCACUAUACCAGCUUACCUCAACCCCACGGUCAAACCCGUUGACCUUUUGACUGGCGUUAGUUUUGCGUCGGCCGGAGGUGGUUUAGAUGAUCGCACGGCGAUGUUGUCGUCGACUUUGGCCAUGGACAAGCAAUGGAGUUACUUCGAAGAGGCGGUUCGUAAGAUGAAGAGUGUGGUUGGAGACUCGGAAACUAAUCGGGUGAUUAAGAAUGCUUUGUUUGUGAUUAGUGCGGGGACUAAUGAUAUGAUCUAUAACGUUUACGAUCAUGCUCUUGGGAGAUUCAUCUCCGUUUCGGAUUAUCAUGACUUUCUACUCAGCAAAGUCGAAGCUUUUGUCCAGAGACUACACGACGCAGGAGCACGAAGGAUUGCAGUAGUAGGACUACCACCAAUCGGAUGCCUUCCGGUGCAAGUAACACUUGGCACCUUCACUUCUCUCCCUCUCCCUCGCAUCUUCCGUCAUCGGAUCUGUUCGGAAAAUCAGAACGCUGAUUCUCGGCUUUACAAUCAAAAGCUAAAGAAUCUAAACUUCCGUCUCAAUCAGAGGCUUCGAGGCUCCAAAGUUCUUCACCUAGACAUCUACUCUCCAUUAAUGGACAUGAUCAAACAUCCUCACAAAUACGGAUUGGAAGAAACGUUGAAAGGAUGUUGCGGGACGGGGUUGCUUGAGGCAGGACCUCUAUGCAAGCCAUUGUCUCGGACUUGUGAUGAUGUUUCAAAAUAUUUGUUCUUUGAUUCUGUGCAUCCUUCGCAAAAGGCUUACUCUGUCAUUGCUACUUUCGCCUUACAAAAUGUGUUACCUCUCCUCUGAUUUAUUAUUUUCUCUUAUUUUAUUUUUACCAUUUGCAGUAAAAUCUUUAUGAAACGAUUGCUAAAUCAAAAAUCA